AUGGCCGCAGCGGUGCGCGCAGCCAAACAGAGCCUCCGGAGGGAGAUCAAGAAGCGGGUAGCGGCUCUGAGUGAGUCCGAGAAACAGCGACAGUCCCUGGCGGUGUGCCACAAACUGCUGUCUCACCCCCGGUACGUGUCCAGUGAGAGGGUGGCGGUGUUCCUGAGCAUGGCAGACGAGGUUCGCACAGACUCCAUCAUCUCACACAUGUUCUCUGUGGGGAAGACCUGCUUCAUCCCUCGGUACCAACACGGCAGCAGCCACAUGGACAUGCUGAGGCUGGGCUCCCAGGCAGACAUCCAGGACCUGCCCACCACCUCCUGGAACAUACAGCAGCCGGCAGAGGACCUGGCCGGGGAGGAGGCACUGGACACAGGAGGUCUGGACUUGAUCCUGAUGCCCGGUUUGGGAUUCGACCUGUCUGGCCGGCGUCUUGGGCGGGGGAAGGGCUUCUACGACACGUACCUGGAGCGCUGCAUGGCUCAUCCGCGAGGGAAGCCCUACACCAUCGCUCUGGCCUACAGGGAACAGAUGUGCGAGAGCGUGCCGGUGGACCAGAGAGACGUGCUCAUAGACGAAGUCCUGUUCCACGACCAGGACCUCUGA